AUGUCGUCCCAGGAUAUAAAUGUCACGGUAGAUUCGUUUAUCGAUAGACUCAAGAGAAGACAAAUCACGGGAACAUACCAGGUCUCUCUUGAAACACUACAGAUCCUAAUGAGAUAUGUUUCAGCUAUUCGCUGGUCAACAAUGAAUGAGCUUUUAGAACAAAUCAGAGCGCUUGGCAAUCGGCUGGAAAAGGCGCAACCAUAUGAAUUUAGCUGCGGUAAUGUUAUUAGACGUAUUCUGGCUCUUAUACGUGAUGAAAUGGAAGAAGAUGAACGUGCUAGUAUGCCUGCUGCAAGUGCGUCAGCAACUCCAACAGCUGCUGAACCUCUAAUUUCUUCCAUGUUUAAUCUUUUACAAAAACCAGUGGAUGCUCAAACAUUGGAGCAGAAACAAAGCCAUCAUCAGUCGCAUCAGGCAAAAACAGACAUUCGUCAAGUUAUUAUACAGGGAAUCAGAGACCUGAUAGAUGAGAUUAAAAAUAUUGAUGACGGUAUUCAACAGAUUGCGAUUGAUCUGAUUCAUGACCGUGAGAUCCUGUUGACGCCUACUCCUGAUUCAAAAACAGUACUCAGGUUUUUGUUGAAGGCUAGAGAGCGCAAUAAUCGAAGAUUUACCGUCUUGGUGACAGAGGGGUUUCCAAAUAACACCAAAGUAGCCCACGAGUUUGCUAAGAAGCUGGCGCAGCACGACAUUGAAACUACAGUGAUUCCAGACAACGCAGUCUUCGCCCUCAUGUCGCGUGUAGGUAAGGUCAUCAUAGGAGCCAAGACUGUCUUCACCAACGGUGGAACCGUCUCUUCUACAGCUGGUGUCUCCUCGGUCUGCGAAUGUGCUCGCGAGUUCAAGACGCCAGUCUUCGCCGUUGCUGGACUGUAUAAACUUUCUCCAUUGUAUCCCUUCGAUAUAGAAAAAUUGGUCGAAAUUGGCGGAUCACAAAACGUUGUGCCCACAACAGAAAACGAUAGAAUGGGCAACACUAUGGACACCAUAAACCCAGUUGCGGAUUACAUACCUCCCGAAAAUAUUGACAUCUACAUCACUAAUAUUGGGGGAUUUGCUCCAAGUUUCAUAUAUCGUGUUGUAUGGGAUAACUACAAACAAGAAGACGUAAACCUUGUUGCUGUGAAAUGA